ACAAAGAUCAAUCUCCCAUAAUACCUCUGCGCGGGAAUUCUGCCGACUCCUGUCCUCGGAGACCAGCAACCAGCGUUCGCCCACUUCCUCCAAGAAGGAAACGCACCCUUUGAAUCGCCACCCCAGCGACGUACUUCAAUUCGAUCUCCGCCUCCCUUCCCCCCACCUUGUCUUCUCUCAUCCAGGCGUUUAAUCGCUUGGGAGCUUGGUGGUGAUGAUCUGCGAGGUAAACUGGAGGCUUGAGGUUGCCAGAUGGACCGCCGGAGUUGGCUCUGGAGGCGGAAGUCUUCAGACAAGAGCCCUGGUGAGACCGAGAGCUCGGGGUCCGUUUCUUCCGAGAAGCACUCUGGUGAACCGGAGGCACUGAGGACUUCUUCAAUUAACUCUUCUCCGAACCAUGCUCAGUCACCAGAGGUUUCAUCAAAGGAUGUUAGUCAUGAGGUCAAUGAAACAAUAAAAAAUUUGAAUGAGAAACUAUCAGCUGCUCUUCUGAACAUUAGUGCUAAAGAAGAUUUGGUGAAGCAGCAUGUGAAACUUGCAGAAGAAGCUCUUUUGGUGUGGGAAAAUGCAGAAAAGAAAGUGCUGUUUCUGAAGAAGCAGCUUAAAGAUUCAUCAGAAAAGAACUCAUCCCUUGAAGAUAGGGUUGUUCAUCUUGACGCUGCCCUGAAGGAAUGUAUCAGGCAGCUCCGGCUAACAAGAGAAGAGCAAGAGCAGAAAGUCCAUGAUGCUAUCAUCAAGAAAACCAAUGAUUGGGAAUCUGAAAAAACUGAUCUUGAGAUACGGCUUAAUGAGCUACAAGCCCAACUGCAAGUUAAAGCAGAGAUCACCACCUCCUUUGACCAUGAGCUUCACUCAACAAUUAAAGCUCUCAAGGAAGAAAAUUUUUCUCUUAAAGCUGAAAUUGCUACACUUGCUCAGGAUCUCCAAAUCAGAGCAUCAGAAUUGGAGUUCAGCACUAGAACAGCAGAAACAGCUAGUAAGCAACAUUUGAGCAGCAUAAAGAAAGUGACUAAGCUUGAAUCUGAGUGUCGUAGGUUGCAAGCUGCAGCACAUAAGUCAUUGUUAGCUAAUGAUCACAGUCUCAUUUCUUACUCUCAUUAUGUUGAGUCUGUCACUGAUAGCCAGUCAGGUGCAGGGAAACAGUUGUUAAAUCUGGAUAUUGAACAAAGUUGUUCAGAUUCAUGGGCAUCAGCUCUGAUCAUGGACCUCGAUCAAUUCAGAAAGGAAAAGGCUAAUGUGAGAAAUCUCACCAAUUCUGUAGAAAUUGACCUAAUGGAUGACUUCCUUGAGAUGGAAAGACUUGUUGCCUUGCCUGAGGGUGACCAUGUAAGUGAUAACAUUGAGCGUGAUGCUGAUUUGGAACAUAGUGUGAGCAGAAACAGGUCUUCAAGAAAAGAAGUUCAGACUAUCCGUCUGCAUAUUGCUGAGUUAGAAGAGAUGAUUGAAAAGAUGAAUUCUGAGAAAGUUGAAAUGGAAAAGUCUUUUACUGUAAUGAACAAUCAGCUGAAGAAUACAUGUGAUCAGCUGGCAGCAGCUGAAGGUCAGUUGGUUGAGUUGCAAAGGCAGCUCAAAUUGGUUAAUGAGGAAAAGCAUGUUCUUGAGAUAGAAGUAGAAGCAGCAGAGGGAAAGAAAACUAGACUGGGAUUUCAGCUUGAAUCAGCACAUGUAGAAAGUGGAAAGUUGCAUGAGAGAGUGAACUUAUUAGAUAGGAAAUUUGAGGAAGAGAAGAAGUUGUCUUCUAAAUUGAAAUUAAGGUGCCAAGAUAUGGAAGCAACAGAAGCUAAGAGGAACAAGAAGGAACUGGAGCUUGAAUCAGCAUAUGGUCAAAUUGCAGAGUUUAAGGGCAAAAUUAGUUUGCUAGAAGAAAAACUUGGAGAAGAGAAAACUUUGUCCACAGAACUGGCAUCUAGGUGUUGGAAGAUGGAUGCGCUGAAGCGAAAGAAAGAAGAAUUAGAGUGUCAGCUUGAGUCAGCAAAUUUGGAACUUCACAAGCUACAUGAGAAGGUUAAUUCAUUUGAAAGGAAGCUGGAGGGGGAAAAGGCAUUUUCAACAGAACUUUUAUCCAAAUGUCAAAAUAUGGAAGCUAUCGAUGCACAAAAAAUCGAACUGGAGUGUCAACUUACUGCUGAACAUUUGGAAGUAGGAAAUUUACAGGAGAAGGUUAAUAUACUGGAAGGGAAACUUGAGGAAGAGAGAGCAUUGUCCUCAGCAAUUGCGGCAAAUAUAGAGGCCACAGAGGCAAAGAGAAAGGAAUUGUUGGUGCAACUUGAGUUGGCACAUGUAGAAAAUGGGAGCCUCCAGGAGAAGUUGGCCACAUUAGGAAAACAAAUUGAAGAGGAGAGGGCAAUAUCCGCAGACUUUUCUGCAAAGUGUCAUAGCUUGGAGCAUGAACUUUCUAGCAAGCAGAAAGCAGCUGAAUUCCAUUUAUCUGCAAGCUCAAACAGAGUGUUGCUGAUUCGACAGGAGAAAGAGAUGGAGCUGGCUGCUGGGAAGCUUGUGGCGUGCCAAAAAACGAUACUCUCUCUUAACCAACAGUUAAAAAUAUUAGCAAAUUUUGACAAUUUCAUGCUUGAAACAGCAAAACCAGAGUUAAAUGGAGAUCUAAUGGCUUUCAGAGGCGAAUCUCAGAUGCCAAGUCCUCGCUUUUCUCCAGAAAGCUUGGAAAUCUCUUCAACUCUGUGCAAUUGUAAAAAAAGUGAUCCCCCAUAGUCAUCAAGCUCCUCAGCUGGACAUCCAGAAUUUUCAUGCCCAAGUAGAGACUUAGUCUCAUAGAAUCGAAGUAAAGUGUACAUUAUAGAGUAAGUGCAAAAAAAAAAAAAAAAAAUUCUUGUGCUGUAUGUGUCAAUCAUGUAUGCUAUAGAAGUUGCCUAGUGAACUUGAACAACUCGUGUCACUGUUAUACAGUAUCUUUGUUAAGCAGCAAAUAGAGGAAAUUGUAUGAAGAUUAUAAUGCCA